CACUCCUUGCAGACUCUCUUUAAGCCUUACGUCGCGUGUGUGUCUUGGACUAUUCUUGGCUCGUGGGUCGUGCUGCUUCGUCUGAGAAAGGUCACAACUGGGACCUUAGUUUUUCCGUUUUUUCUUUAAUGGAAGGAUGGCUCUUCCAGUCAUCGAAGAUAAUUAUGUGGGCUCCAGCAAUCGCAAAUUGCAGCAGCAUUUGCGUCAGUCCCAUAAAUUCUUUCUUCUCAAUCUGAAGUCUCAACGUCAACGUUUUUGCGGUUGUAGCGUGUGCAGAGACCACAAUAUAUGAAAUGGAAUGUGAAAACUGAAACAGUUUACCCACGCAAUCAUGGAAACAAAGACGCCCACCCAAAAGCCCAAAACCCAUUUGAAUUGAAUGCGUCUUCUUCCUUCUUCUCAUUCAUUCUGAUAUCUCAAGUCGCCUUGCCACUGUAGCAUGUCAGGCUGUAGUGGGAAGCUUAUAGCUGCCCCACAGGGACCCACACGGCCUACAAUUUAACCCCUUCCCCUUCUUCUUCUUCUUCUUCUUCUUCUUCUUCAAUGGCUUAAAGCAUCAUUGUUUAUUCUUCUUGUCAAGUCCCUCCGCACCUCCUCUCUCCCCCUUUCUCUAUUUUUAUCGGAGACAAAGAGAAGUUUUUUCCUUAAUUCUUCUCAGCACCUCCUCUCUCCCCCUUUCUCUAUUGUUAUCGUAGACAAAAGAGAAGUUUUUUCCUUAAUUCUUCUCAGACAAGAAUCUCCGAAAGGCCCAGGAGCUGCUUAACUGAAUAAUCAGUCUCUCAUCUCCCAGCCCAGAUAAUUUUCUUCUCUUCUUCUGCUAUAUCGUUUCUGGCCGGUGAAGAUUCGGUUCAGGGCUCCUGGGCUCCGCGCGAAUUUUCAUUCAAUUCCUCUUUUCCUUUUUAUCUUCUCCGAUCUUUGUUGUCUCCACUUGAAUUAUGGCCUGAGCAGAUAAAUUUUCAGGUCGGUCACUGGGUUUGAAUCAGAAGGAAACAUGUUUUGUUUCCAGGUUUCAUUGGAAAUCAUUUGUACUCAGCCUGAAUCAAAGGCUCGAUAUAGCUACAAUUGAUCAAGUUACUUUGCAGAAGGAAUUUGAAAAACUUAGUGGGUUUCGAAUAUUCAAUUUGAUGCUUGAGGUACUACGUUCCUCGAUAGAGAUGACCAUGGACCGAGGCUUGUCAGGCGACGCCCAUGAGGGAAGUAAUCGAGGCUUGGUAUUGGCGAUUGAAUGCUUGAAAGGGAGCUCGAAAGCUGACGAAUGGAAUGGAAACAUGCUUCAGACAGGUGACAUCGUGGAGGAGCUGAAGAUCGGAAACCUGUUGAGCGUUGGACCGCCGUUCAAGAAUGGAAAGCAUGGGGUGCAGAAGCUCCUCCACACGUCGUACAAGAAGAGGGAAACGUUGAUUAAGGUCCGAGUCCGACGCGGCCGAUACGAGGUCGUUGAGUUGCAGGCCUGUAUCGUCCCCAACGAGGCCGCCGGGAAGAAGCAGUAUAUGUUAAGAUCUAUUGAUGAUCCUAAUUACGCCGUUGGAUUCGCUGAUCGGACGGAAAGCGAUUGCCUUGCCUACCAAGGUUCAAGAAGAUCUAGGUUGGUCUCUGCAUUAAGCAAAGCACAACUUCAAGAUGGCUAUGUACCAUAUCGUUGGGAGAGGAAGAUGCAGUUGCUUACAGUUCCCAAUUCAAGUUGCUUUCUUUCUAUCCUAUUUCUUCCAAAGGCAUCAGACCGAAUUGCUUCACGGUACAAUGACAUUGAGGAUACACUUGCUAGGGCAAAUGCCUGGCUAAAUGCUUCUCAGGCCUCUGGGGUCCCUAUAGUGCUUAUGAAUAUCCAGACUGAGUCUCUCCUUACAAAGAUAUCUGGGGAGACUGCUUCGGCUACUGUCAAUGCUGGGUCAUUUUCUGACCUAUCAAAUCUUGCAAAUGUUAGCCUUUAUGGGUUUGAAGAUUACCAUGGGGUUGACAUUGGUGUGGUGAGAGCAGUUCGUCUGUGGUAUGCUCCUAUUGGAGGAGAGGUUGCAUUGGAGAUUGAUCUAAAGGAAGGUGACUCAAAGCUUGGGUUUGCAAUUAGUCGUACAGAAGAGGGCUUCAUCUUCAUUUCUUCCGUUGCUGAUGAUGAGAACAAUGAGCUAGCAUCAACACGAUCAGGACUUAGGGAUCUAUACAGAGAGGCAGUGAGUGCAUCUAAGUUCCUGGUUAUCUCAAGAGUAUCAAACCAGAAAGUCCUUCCUUGGAUGGUUUCUUCGGCUGGGGCGAUCCGAUGUUAUGACACGGUCUCGCUGAGCCAGAAGUUGUCAUUGCACCGCCACGCCUUACGGCCUAUUUUUAUCCAUGUGUUCAUGUGGGACUGUACAUUGGUUUCCGAAGAUGAUGGAAUUGGCAAGUUUAGGGCCAGUUCACCAACUGCAAUGCCACGAAGAUCUGAAGUCCAAUUGCCACGUCAUCCAUCAAAUGAGAGUCAAGUCCUGCCUCUGUCUCCUGAAAUUGAAUUGGCGCAGCCAUCAACUGAGAGCCGUGUCCAAGGCAAUGGGCCAGAGCUCAUGGGAGACAGAGACACGGCAGGGGAACUAUCAUUUAGAUUCCAUAACUUUUCACUCUCCAGCAACUGGGUUUGAUCCCUUCCCCACUUCCCUUUCUGUUAGUGUACAUAUGAGAUUAUGUCAGUUGAUUCCCCUCGAGUGGUGUUAGUUCCCUGUUACAAGUUUGAUUGAGAAAAUAAACAGUACACUUUCUUGCCAGUUCACAACCAAUUUUAAAUACCACCUUAACAUAUCUGUACAUGACUCCAAAAUUCAAAGUUUAUGGGCUAUUAUUUCAUAUAAGAUUGAAAUUAUGUGCUUGUA